CAUGACGGGAGUUGUAGUUUUUACCUCUCUACAUGCAGAGCUCCAUGAUAGUGGAACAGCGUGCGGUUCUUCACAAGAGUGUUCUAGCAUGCAGUGUAUAAAGUGAAGGUUCUAGCAAUCAAGGUGAGGGUUCUGGCAUGCAGUGUUCCAGGUUCUAAUUCUAGCACUCCAGGUGAGGGUUCUGGCAUGCAGUGUUCCAGGUUCUAAUUCUAGCACUCCAGGUGAGGGUUCUGGCAUGCAGUGUUCCAGGUUCUAAUUCUAGCACUCCAGGUGAGGGUUCUGGCAUGCAGUGUUCCAGGUUCUAAUUCUAGCACUCUGGGUGAAGGUUCUGGCCAUAGGUGUGCGCAGCCUAUUGCAUUAGGGUGUGCAACCUAAAGCACAAACACACGCCGCGUAUGUAUGUGUGUGUGUAUAUAUAUAUAUACACACACACACACACAUAUAUAUACACUGUUGUGUGUGUGUGCGGGUGGUUUGAGGGUGGUGUGUGUGUGUGUGUGUGUGUGGGGGUGCUGUUAGUGUGGUGUGUGUGAGGGUGCUGUUUGUGUGCGAGAUGGUGUUUGUGUGUGUGUUCGUUAGGGUCCUGUUAGGGUGCUGUGUGUGUGAGGGUGCUGUUUCUGUGCUGUGUGUUUGAGGGUGCUGUGUGUGUGUGUGUGCUGUAUGUGGUGCUGUGUGUGUGUGCGUGCUGUAUGUGGUGCUGUAUGUGUGUGUGCGCUGUAUGUGUGUGUGGUGUGUGUGUGUGUGUGUGCGCUGUAUGUGUGUGUGGUGUGUGGGUGAUUGUGGGGGUGGAGGUGGGGGUACAUUACUUUAUAUACCCCCUCCCUUCUUACCUUAUGUAGGGAGGGGAGAUUCUUGUUCCUGCUGCUUUCCCUGGUGGUGCAGUGGAGAGUAAAUUCUAGCCCCUGUGGGGCUAGAGUUCACUCUCGUGAGAUCUGAUUGGGAACCCGGCGGAGCUGCUGGUUGAGCUCCCUGGGUCCUCUCCUGCCUCCCUCCAUGCUGCAGUGGGGAGGGAGACUGAGAGAAGAGCCGGCGCUCGGAUAGCGCCGGCUCUGCAUGAGCCGGCAGGGGAGAUCCUGAGAUCUCCCCUGCCGGUCUCACUCCAUAGGCGUGCCGCAGGGAUUAGGGUGUGCCCAGGCACACCCGGCACACCCUGUGCGCACGCCUAUGGUUCUGGCAUGCAGUGUUCCAGGUUCUAAUUCUAGCACUCCAGGUGAGAGUUCUGGCAUACACUUUAGACCAGAGUUCUAGCAUUCUAAUUCCAACACUCCAGAUAAAAUUUCUAAAAUGUGGCCCCCCAGAUGUAGGUUCUAGCACUUUAGGUGAGGGUGUUCCAUGCAAAGGUUCUAUUUCUAGCAGGCAGUGUUCCACGCGAAGGUUCUAUUUCUAGCAGGCAGUGUUCCAUGUGAAGGUUCUACUUCCAGCAGGAAGUGUUUCCACGCAAAGGUUCUACUUCCAGCAGGAAGUGUUUCCACGCAAAGGUUCUACUUCCAGCAGGAAGUGUUUCCACGCAAAGGUUCUACUUCCAGCAGGAAGUGUUUCACUGCAAAGGUUCUACUUCCAGCAGGAAGUAUUUCCACGCAAAGGUUCUACUUCCAGCAGGAAGUGUUUCACGCAAAGGUUCUACUUUUGGCUGGUUGUAUUACAUGCAAGGUUCUAUUUCUAGCAGGCAGUGUUCCUCGCGAAGGUAAGCAGUAAAAUAUAACUUAGCACAAUAUCUAAGCAAUUGCAAACCACUAAUUAGUCUCUUCAGGUAACGUGAUUCUUAACCAGACAAAGGCAGAACUUAAUAAAGGAAUAUUUACAGUGCAUACAAAAAAAUUAGAUGAUAAACAAAUUAUUUACACCAACAACCGAUAAAAACAAAAGGGAUAAAAUAACAGUCCUAAUCACUUUCUCAGCUCUUCAAAGUAAAUACUUCUGCCUCUCUGGUAGGAAAGAUAGACUCACUUAGAAUUAGAUUCUGUCCCUCAAGCAAGUACAAGGCACAUUUCAGUAUCACUAGAGAUAUACUCUGUGGAUUACCACGCCUCACUCAGAGGUGGAGUUAAGGCGUAUCUAUGGAGGCACUAAGUGACCACCCCGUUGUGUCCAGACCCACAUCAAUCCAAAUGGAAACAUUUGGUUCUAUAUUCUCUUAUGUACCUGCCACAGAAAAAAUAAUUGCAUCUACGAAUUUAUUAUUUUCCCUUUCUAUACAUAUGUCGUACACCUUACUUCUGACCCAAUAUAGCGGACAUCAUAAUCCAAUUCCCCUUUUGGUUAAGUUAUGCCAAACAUGUUUGGGCUUGUUUAGAAGAUGGAGCUUGUCACAUUCCAAAUAUAACAAAAAUGAGGCUUAAUUAUUAUUCUGUGGGUAAGUAUUAAUGUAUUUUUCUUUUGGAUAUGAUACCGGAACAAGGUUUAUGGCCAUUUAACAUAUCAAAGAGUUUUACUCAUCAAUUUAGAAGUAUAGGCCAUAUGGCUGAAGCCAGACAUUCAGGCUUUUCAAGUGUAGAAUCUCACACCUUGCAGAGCCUUUGAUUAAUUCACAGGUUCCAUCCAUAUGGUAAAACCUUUUUCACAUUCCUAUGCAAUUUACAUUACCCCUUCUGUCAUCUCACCUUUCAUACAAUCAAAUUAACCCAUACAAUUAUGCACCCUUGCUGUGACAUGAUAUGUCAGGUUUUGUUCUUUAGGAGUAGGGCUUCUCUUUAAAGAACAGAUUGUCAUAAAAAAUAUGGACCAUCUCAUCUGGCUAUAGGAACAUUUUGUCUCCCUUUCUGCAUAUUUGUUAAAAUUCAUCCAUAUCUGUUUUAUAUCAAUAACUCUGGUAUUCUAUAUAAGAAAAGACAUGGACAAUACACUGUGGUAGGUGAUUAGUUAUUUUUUCUCUUUUCCCCCUAGCCAUCAUCCUGAAGCAUGGACAGUAUUGAUGAUGACGACGAUGUACCCCAGCUCUCCUCUCAUGCUCUGGCCGCACUCCAGGAGUUUUACGCAGAACAAGCGCAGCAAAAUACAGAACAUUUGGAACCCGAGCACAAGUUUUCUGUUGGUGCUGUAGAAGAGGACUGGGUGAGGAACAUAUCUAAACUCAUCCUUUGAAUAAACCUCUGUAUACACACAAGGAGCACUCACAUGAACAAAGAUAGGUUACAAUUGUUGCUAAGAUUAACUAAGUACACUCCAUACAUAACAAACUACUGAUCUAUCAAGGCUAAAGACACCUUACAAAGAGUAUAAGAUGCAAAACAAAAUAUAAAUUUCUUUUUUUGUAAUAUAUUUAUUUUUCAUUAUUGCUGUAUAACACUGCAGUAUAUGCUGGCACUAUAGAAGGUAGACUGUGUUCACAUAUUAUGAACAUACAGAUGUAUUUGUUGGAGGCACUUUGAUGUAGAUGACAGGCUUAGCAUUUGGUCAUAAUGUGACUAAAACCACAUUCUUUGUCUUGAAGACUUUUUAAAAAAAUUUUUUGUCUUUGGCAAAUCAAUAGUUGAUGAUUAAGGUGGGGUUUCAUUACAAAAUUCGGUUAUACUCUGUAUAAACCAACUAUAAUAAAUGUACACCAUUUUAGCAGGUUGUGCUGUUCAGAUAAAUAGUCAGUGAAUAAUGUCCACUUGCACCAUAGGAUUCUAACAAUAUUUUAAAGAAAGUGUCAACACAGGCCAACAAAUUUAAAUUAUGCAACCAAUUUUUUUUUUUUCUCUCUUUAGCAAUUAAGUCAGUUUUGGUAUAGCGAUGAAACAGCGUUGAACCUGGCAAAGGAGCUGAUACAGUCCUGUGGGGAGAAUGGCAGGUAUGGAAUCAUUGUAUGGAGUUGAAAUGAUUGUACAGUUUUUAAUGUAACAUCUGUGUUUUUCACUGUCUGCGUAUAAAAUGUAGUGAAUUAUUGCUCCAAAAACCUUCUUCACAGUAAAAACAAGUCCGUUAUAUUUGCAGGAGAAUGUGUUAAUUAAAGGGACACUGAUGGUACCCAGACAACUUCAUCUCAAUGUGCAGUGGUUUAGUAGAUACAGCAAUGUUAUGAUUAAACUUGCCUCUAAUGACUGUCUAACUGACGACCACUGGAGGCACUUCCAUGUUGAGAACAGAGUUUGACUCCAUUGUGUGAUGUUCAGCAUUUGAUUGGAUGAUCCAGACGUAUGCUGUACAUGCACAUCUUGUUAUCAAUGUUUCUCCAUGGGAAGCUUUGGAUUGGUUGAGAAGCCAGGAUAAUGUCACAGGAGGAGGAGUCGGUGGCAACACUGAGUGAGUCUCGGUGCUGGAAAUGGGGAAGUAAAAUCCUUUUUUCACUAUGUUUUAAUUGGUGGUGAGGGGGGGUAACUGAACACUGUACUGUUAGGAGUCUAUGUUUGUAUUCCUAAUGCUACAAUGUUAAUUUAAUUAUUCAUAAACCAAUCCAAAACAUUGUGUGCAAUACACACAUACAAACUUGAUGAUACUUAUAAAAAAAAAUAUUUAACUGUUGUUUUGAUCAUGUGUUUUUUUUUUUUAUAAUUCUUUAUUUUUGUAGUGCAGUUAUUAGGUACAAACAGGCUUGAGGUACCCCCACGGCAUUCCUCGAGCUUUGUGACAUAUUUCACAAGUGGGGUUAAAGUAGACAAUGCACAUUUUUUAUAUAACAGGUACAUGCGAAAACAUUAAGCUUUUGUUAGUGUAUGUUGCAUUGAGAUGACAGUAGUUGCUGUGUCUAAGAUGCUUUCCCAACCCUGUGCCGUAGAAAGCGGAGCGGUGGAGGUGGUACGAGUGGGCCCAUGGUGUGGUGUGUCAGCGUAUGAAAUGCCUGAGUGCGUGCUGAAGGUGUAGUACCUGUACUCGUGUUUUGGAGGGUUAACAUAGAGAUCCCAACUGUUGCUUAGUGUCUGUAAUGAGGGGUGACGUAUGGUUUACACGUUUUAAACAGGCUUAUGUGAGUUCUAGUCUAUUUUUCUCUGACAGGCUAGGCAGUCUGACCAAGCUAGGAGCAUAUGUAUAUUGGGUUACUCCGGCAUGUUAGGCAAACAUAUUAUUUUGAGAGCAAUUAUAAAUUAGGCUACUCUGGCCAGCCAGGGAGACAGAUCAUGCCAAAAAAAAAUAUAAAAAAAACCAUUUAUAUCUUAGGCUAUUCUGGCGGGCAAAGCAAACGCAUCAUGUUGAAUAAGUAAAAGCAAAACAUUUAUGCAUUAGGCCACUCUGACAGGCUAGGGAAAUAUCCAGCUAAAACCAACUGUAUAUGCAGUUAUUCUGGUGAGUCAGGAAUCGGCAGUGUCCAAGUCCUGGUGGUUGUCUCCAUUAUUUUAUCAGGGCAGGCAGGGUUUUGGUGGUAGCCCGUGGCAUCCCGCCUCUGCGCGUUCUGUGCCGGCUGUCAGCCCACUCCAUUUCGAGGCUGGGUUGUAGAAGCCUUCGCUGCAGGGGAGACAACCAGAAAGGAGGCGGCAAAGUAGUGGUGUCGGGUGGGCUCACGCUUCUCCGAUGUGCUGGAGCGGUUUGUGGGCUGAGAGGUGCUCCGUCGCUGAUCGGCUGUCCGCAUGUAGUGCGGCAUCUUCAUUGCUGGUCGUGGCGCAGUGUGUCGCCAUCUUGGUGCAGGGUGCAGCAUUAGGUAUGUGAGACCGGUUCCCUGAUGUGUCAGAGGUUCCCGCUUCUGUGCCUUGUUUUGCAGUGGGUUCUUCCGCGGUGCAGGAGCUGGCUUAUUGCGUCCCCGUCUUUUCCGCUUAUUACCACCUUGAGGUGAGUGUUGUGCUGGGAUGCUUUGACGGGUGUUUACCGGUGAUCGUUGUGGCGUGUUGGUUUGCAUGCGCCCGGUUGCUUUGCCGUGUAUUGUGGGCGUCUCGGGACCGCAUUUUCUCUUGCUGAUAUUGACGCACGCGGCGUCCGCCAUCUUAGGUAGGGUGCCCUGGAUCAGGCUGCUGAUGCUGCUGGGCCCAAGCUGCCUUGCUGCUUUCGGUGUCACAGGGUGGAGACCGGGAUCACCCCCGCCGGCCCAGAGGGGGGGGAACAGGGCCAGGUCCUCGCCGGUCCGGUCCUCCGGCCGGGCACUGUCAGGCAGGAUAGCGGAGCAGCGGCUGUCCGCCCCGCUCACCGCCGAAGAAGGCCUCAUCUGGAGUGGCAGUUUCUCCCCCAGGGGACUGCGACUCUGGGAGUCAGCCUCUCCCUGGGUCCAGUGGUCUCAGCACACUGAGGAUCAGUCCUGUCGGUCUGCUAUCCCAGGGUAAAUCAUGCUUUAAGGGCUUAUAGAGUGGGAAAGUGCAGGAGCUGAGGUUGCUUGCGACCAUCCAGCUUGGCGGUCCGGCCCCGCCCCCCUGUUUUUUUAUUUAUUUAAUUUUAUUUCUUUUUUCAUUUUAUAGCAUUCUUCAGUGUUUCUGAAUUAACCAAUGUUGCAAGUAUUGUGUAUUUUGUGCAAUCCCAGUUAACUGAGAGGGGUGAGGGUUGAUGUUUAAUGGUGUCUGCGGGAUUAUGGGUAUACUCAGUACAAUAUAAAUUGUACCCACUCAUCUGGAUUCCAGGCGAGUUUGUCAUUUUUGAUCCAAAGAUAAAGUGUUAGCUUCUUGUUUUCUGUUCCAGGAUAGCAUGUGUCAGCACUCCCAGCAUUUACCAGAAGCUGAAAGGACUGUCUGCAGAGAACAUUUCUGUGUGCUUGUUGGAGUAUGACCGGAGGUUUUCUGUGUAUGGGGACGAUUACGUCUUCUAUGAUUAUAAUGACCCUUUAAACUUGCCAGAGAGCCUGGAGCAGCAUAGCUUUGAUCUGGUGAUCGCAGAUCCCCCAUACCUGUCUGAAGAGUGUCUCCGUAAAACCGCCAAAACCAUCAAGUUCCUCGCCAGAAGCAAGGUUCUGCUAUGCACAGGUAUUCUGACCUCAUUACUGCAUUGCAGAACUUUAAGAUUAUCAUGUAUCCUCUACACAUAGUAAACGAAUUUCCAGCUAUUGCUUUACUAAAACUCCUAUCAUGCUGUGCCAGUCCUGUGACUUUAGCUCUACCUUUUUGCUGUCCCUACAACAGAUAAUGUUGCCACUAUCAUAUUGGCAAAGUUUACCGGUAAAGACCCUAUAUGCUGGAAUACAUUCGCAUCUGUACAUUUGCUAGAAGUUUGGCCAGCACAUUGUAUAAAAAAACAAAACAAAACAUUUGUGUUAUUUUAGUCAUUUAGCAUGGGGGGGGAGGAAACACAUGCUGGUGAUCUGCACUUUCUUUAUAAGUUUAAAGUUGUAUUGAGAGUUCCAUAAAGAAAAUGCAAGAUAUGUAUUGACUUAACGUGCAUCUUUAGAUAGAAAUGCUGCAGUAACAUUGUUUGCAAACUGUUGGUAUAUAAUGGCAAAGGAGAGAGCAAACAGAUUUCCCUAGGGUUAAGAAGCACGCCAUUUGCAGGAACGAGCCACCGAGAUCAAUUCAGCAGCCAAAUGUCCUCCUAUCCAGUGAUCUAUAUAUCCAUAAAUGACAACUCUCGGUAUUGGAAUCACACUUUAAUGUUUGUGGGUUUGUUUUUUAAAUGAGGUAUUCAUUGUGAUACAUCUUUCUGGUCAGUUGCCAGUAUAUUAUUUUAUAUAAUCGGUGUUUUAUUUUUAUCUAGGUGCGGUGAUGGAAGAUUUAGCGGCUACCAUUCUUGGGCUGAAGAUAUGCAAGUUUGUCCCAAAGCAUACAAGCAGCCUGGCGAACGAGUUCAGAUGUUAUUCUAAUUACCCACUAGGACUUGAUAUCCAGGUUUAAUAUCGGAGAGAUAGAGAUUCCAUAUCACAGAGGGUGAAUUUGGCUAUACCUAAUGGAGAGAUUAGAACUGUCAGAACUUGUGGGAGUCUUUCAGUCUUUAAAUAGUAAUUCUGCCUGUUAGGGCUUGACUGUGAUGCCUGUUCUCUAUAGUACCUACUUAUGCCGUAUGACUUAAAGAGUUGAUGGACCUCAGUGAUUGUCCUCGGACCAUUGGCCAACGUAACAGCAAAUAUUUUGAACCUUAAGUAAACUAUUAUUAUUUUAAUUAUUAUUGGUGCAGGAUCAAAUUAUUUGAAAGAGUUCUAAGAUGUUGACUGAAGAGACAUUCUAGGACAAAACGUUUCAACAAUUUAUCUGAUAAAGCUUCGUGUACAAAAUAACUUUUUUUGUUUUUUGUUUUGCAUAGUUCUCAUGAAAGCAUCUUGAUCUUUAGGCCCAUUCCCUUCUCUUCCUUGUUUGAGAAGUAGUGAUGACUGUGCAGUGUCUAUGGAUCCUAAUGAUGAAUUAUCUCUAUAAUGUAUGCAAAUGAUGGACUGUAAAUUCACAAUCAUUUUUUAAUAAAUCCCGUUGGCACUUAUUUCCAAUACCAUUAUAUUCAACAAAGAGAUCCACGUUUUACUAAUCUUCUUACUGUGUUGAAUUACCAUUUUCGUAUGCCAAACGGCAUUGCAUCACCCGUCUCACAUUAACAAAAAUGUAAAAUGCUCUGUAAGAAGACAUUCAAAAAAACAAGCGUAUUGUAGGGGAAGUUUACUGACUUUGAGACGGCAAAAUAAGUGCAUUAGUGAUGGCAGAUGUAUCGUCUACAUUGAACAUUAAAAGGCCGCCUGAGCCAUUGGGUCUCACAUAUUGCAGAGAAUCAGUGAUACUGUGGCGGAACCAACCUCGCCACUGUGCACUGGAAAAGCCUGGUUGCUCGCCUGCUCCCUUUAGAUUAUGGCCCUGCAGUUCAGAGCUGUUAUUCUCCCUGCUGAAAGGUUUAUUCGUGCCUUUCAGCCAGGGUGUUCGGUAGAUUCCAUCUACCGAACAAACUACCGAACGAUGGACCACCUGGGAGCUGGAGUGUGCCGUCAAUUGACCGCCCAGAAGCUGCGGUUAACCGCAGCUUAAUUUAUGAACGCUGGGUGGCCUUUGUUUGUCUGCCGAACACGUGGCAGCGGCCAUUUUACCUCCCGAACGGCCAGCGGUGUUCAGCGCCCAAACUAUGGAACUGAAAACGUACACUUAAUGGCGCGAACACCGCUGAGCCGCCAGCCUCCUUACCUUUCCAUUCGGUAAGCAGAACCGAAUGACUGUUCAUUCGGUAGUUUCGCCGGAUGAACAGCAUCCCCCAGAUAGCUAAGCCAAUGAGCCUAUUCGUGUAACGAAAGACUAUGGGAAAGACUUUGGCUCCAUGGCGAUUGAACUGUAUGUAUGUGAUCUGAGCGCCAUUCGGUAGUAAUGUGCGCUCAGAUCUAAGCUAUCUGGGGAUAUGUAGAAUGUAUAUGUUUUAGGUAAUAAAAUGUGACUGUAUGUAAUUUUAUGUCUUUUACUGUAUUGUUACUGCCAUGUGGUUAAUGGAGUUUUGCCUGUGUCCUGGGAGAUUAGUGGAUUACUUCCAAUUAUGUGCAGGACAGAGAGGAGGGAUUGUGAUGUAAUUGUGGGAGUGUUAAAGGUGUAUGUCUGUGAUUGGCUAAGAGCCAAUAUGUUUCCCAGUUUCCCAUUUGGUCCCCUAGGGGAGUGUCCACCAGGUGGGAGACCUGCAUAAAAGCCGGGCAGUUAGCCCCAGUAAACCAGAUUCUGCUUGACCCUCAAACCGAAGUGUCGUCUCGUCUUUGGGGGGAUUUACUGUAUGCUGUUAGAGACUGAUUGCCAGGAGUGUAAGCCGCUUGGGGGCUUUUCCUGUUCGUCUGCUAACAGCUAUUCGUGUGUCUCUAGUUCGGGAGUUUGGAACACUACCUGAUAUGCAGUUCGGGAGUUUCGAGUAUUCCCUUGGUUGCAGUUCGGGAGUUGGUGAAUUCGUGGGUUUGCAGUAGCUGUCUGUACAUCUGAGAAAGGGGAAUAUCGCCUAAACGGUUUUUAACCUCUUGUGUGAAAAACGGUCCGUUACAGAUACAUUUUAAAUAACUGUAUUGGACAAUAAAUAUAAUUGCACACUCACUCACAUGGACAGUCAAUGAGACUUGACUCUCCAUGAAAAACCGCAUCUGUUAACUCUUUUUAUCCUAAUAUAAUAUCACCUCAUUCACCUGAGUGCAGGUUUCUUUAGAACAAAACAAG